AUGAUGAUGAUGAUGAUGAUGAUGAUGAUGAUGAUGAUGAUGAUGAUGAUGAUGAUGAUGAUGAUGAUGAUGAUGAUGAUGAUGAUGAUGAUGAUGAUGAUGAUGAUGAUGAUGAUGAUGAUGAUGAUGAUGAUGAUGAUGAUGAUGAUGAUGAUGAUGAUGAUGAUGAUGAUGAUGAUGAUGAUGAUGAUGAUGAUGAUGAUGAUGAUGAUGAUGAUGAUGAUGAUGAUGAUGAUGAUGAUGAUGAUGAUGAUGAUGAUGAUGAUGAUGAUGAUUAACAUUCACAAUUGA